AUGCUCAAGCUUACAGUAACCGCGCGUCGUACUGGGUGCUCCUUACGUGAAAAGCUGGGUACUGACGAGAAGAAGCGGAAAGCUUUGGAUACCAUUUUAAUCGAUUUGGAAGAAGAUCAACCUGGUCCGAGUACAGCUCCGGAUUCUAGAGAAGUCCAACUUUACGCGAAGAGCUACUCAAAUCCCCUAAUCAUUUCUGCAGCCAAGAACCUGCCCCAGAUGCUCGUCAAGUUGGAGAAAUUUUUAUUGAACGACGAUGGGUGUCAGAGACUGAGCUACGAUUUCAAGUUCCAUUUUGAUUGCCCGAUGGCGGAGGCUUUGAACAAUCCAAGGAGGGUGUGCAGCAAGUUACCGUACGGUAUCAACCCGGCCUCACCAAUGGAAGUACCAUCUGAAUUACGACUCACUAGAGAUCAACUACCUCAUAUGAAACAAUUAAAGCCAAUGUUCGAGCUACUAUUAAAUUAUGGUCUCGAUACGUUAUAUCCUUACAUGCGACGAUUGGAGAUGGGAGAUGAAGAGCUAGUGUUGUUACGGGUUAUAUUGAUGUUUUCUCACAGCAUGGGCUACUCGGAGAAAAGUGCCAAGAUCUGUAAAAAAGUGUAUAAAACCUACAGUAACCUGCUUUUUGAGCACCUCCAAAUCAAGUACCAGUGCGAGAAGAAGGCAUUUGAAAUGUUUUUGGCGUAUAUGGAAGUGCCGAAUUUUAUACGCGUAAUAACGCACAAAUUGAUGCCCGAAUUCGGGCGCCACGUCAUCUUCAAGGAGGCCGAGAUGGGCGGUCAGCUAACGGAGAAUAUUUUUUGUCUUGGCAGU